AUGUCCGCCGAGAGCCCGGGCCCCAAACAGUCCGGCUUCAAGGCCUUCUUCUCCAAUGCCCUCCGUCCCAAAAAAUCCCGCCAAACCCUCCGCAAAGGCAGCUCUCGUUCCAUGACAGACCUACGCCUAACAAAAUCAACCACAUCCACACGCCCCAGCGCCGACGGAGCACCCCCAAUGCCCGACCUCGCACCCCUUCAAGCCCAUCGCCUCAAAUACCAACAAGCCCACGCAAACCAAGACAGCCAGCUCGGCGAGCGCAGCGAUUACACCACAAUCAUCCACUCAAUCGGCGUCCUGGAAGAAGACAACACCUUCCGAGCAAACGAAAUCUACAGCGAAUACCGCAAACCCGGCGAAAACGACAUCGCCAAGCUGCCCGCGCCCGUCUGGGCCCGCGUCACCGACUUCCUCAACCCAGCCGACGCAGCCUCGCUAUCCAUCUCCACAAAAACCCUCCACACUCGCCUCGGACCAGCCUACUUCGCCCCGCUAACAGAGCCCCAAAACCUCGACCACAAGAUGCAAUUCCUCAUCGGCCUCGACCAGGCCCUCCCGCACCACCUCCUCUGCUUCCCCUGCGGCAAAUACCACCGCCGCACAGCAGAAGGCUCCGAACGCCUCAAACCCGCCCACAUCGUCAACCCGCUCUUCGACUGCCCCGAGUCCACCAACUCGCUGAACCCGCCGCCCCGCCACCGCAUCACACACGGCCGUAGCAUGCCCUUCUCCUUCGUGCAGCUGACCAUGCGCGCCCACCGCUUCGGCCCGCACUACGGCAUCACCCCGGACACCAUGGCGCGCCGCUGGUCCCGCGACGGCUGGUCGCAUAGCUCGCGCUACCUCAUCCACGAGGGCCGGCUCCUGAUGCGCGUCACCAGCCAGACCUUCGCGGCGCCCGACCUGCCGCCGUCGCUGGUGCGCAUCCUACUACACUCGCGCGAGGACUACUGGCCGUAUUUCAGCGCGUGCGCGCACUGGCGUGACGGCGAGCUGAUGCCCGCUUGCCGGUGUGCGCUCGAACAUAUUCCUAAGCCGCGCCAGACGGGCGGCUUGCAGGGUGUUGAGCAUAAGGUUAAGGAUCGGUGGACGGGGUAUCGGUUUGAUCCGAAUGCGCUGACGACGCUUUGCGGGGUUUGUAGGCCUAUGCGGCGGUGUCCGGAGUGUCCGUCUGAGUAUUUGAUCGAGGUGAAGAGGGCAGAGGAUCGGAGUGAUCCGCUGCGCAUGGUGUUUCGGCAGGCGAUUGUUGUUACGAGGUGGACGGAUCUGGGGGAUGGGACUAGUCCGAAGGGUUGUCAGUGGGGUUCUAUUAAUGGGGUUAGGGAUGAUUAUGAUGCGUUUCAGCAUCCGGAUUAUGCGAAGAGAGGGCUGGCGAGUAUUUUUGAGGCGGCUUUUACGGCGGAUACGUUGCCUGGUCAGAGGAUUCUUUCGUUGAAUCCGAAGAAGAAGAAGUUGGGAGAGAAGGGACAUGAUUGGUAUUAA